UUCCAUCUUUCGCAUUCCUGUAUACUGUCCUAGGGUCUCGUCUUAUUCCUGUGGACCGGCUUCUUGCUCUCUGCCCCUGGCCUGGGCUGGCGUAUCCCACAAAGGGUCUUCCCCUUCUCCAGAAUCUCCAGAUCAACGGCGGCGAGCUCCUGAUCGUCCCGUUCGCGCUCCAUUGCUGGCUGUCUGCAACUCCAUGCGCACGCGUUCCGUCGUGUUGUAGAGAUGACUACUAACUAGGCGCAUUAACUCGUGGCAUACUACUGACUCUUUGGGCUACUUGCGUAUAGCCUGCUCGGAGCAACGUCGUGAUCAUGAAGACUAGUCCUGUGUAGCCACCUGAGCAGACACCGACGUUGACAACAUGGCCCGUGUAUUUCGAAGGCCUGGCUCGGCCCUUUCUAGGCGUGCUCCUAGUCGAGCUGCGCGGGCGAACAGUCGAAAGCACAAGGUGAUCAUGGAAUCGGUUACGCAGGAGAAGAAGAAGCUCCGGAGUGUUAUAUCAUUUGAAGCUAAAGCACCCCCUGGUUACACUUUCAUCCCCGCAGGCAAUCCCAAACUUACGACUGCGUGCAAGGAGUUCUGCCGGAAGGAUGGCCUCAAAGUUUUUGCAGUCACGACAACUCCACACAUGCAUACCCAUAAUCUUUCUCAGCAUGUUCACCGCAUUGGGUAUCAUUUCCCAAGCGCUGUCGUUGCCGCAGUGUGUAUGGACAUGGGCCUAUAUCUGACGGCAGCCGGGAAAGCGGUCCCUUUCCACGGCGGUAAUAGUGCGGAGAAUUGCAAACGUGCUAACUCAGAGGCGUCUCAAAUCACUAUCAACACUGAAGCGAGAGACGUUUUGAAAGACCUCUUCCCAAAUAUACCUGCCAAUGACCUGAACCAGAUUAUCAAAACGGCAUUUCAAAAGGGCCAACGGAAAGUUGGUACGGCGGUUGAGCUACCCUUGGCCCGCCGAGCACAGCUGGCAGUGGUUGCUCACAUCCGACAUCUCUACACUGAUUACGAUCGUCUACUGAAAACGACCUCAUUUCACGAAGCCAGGAGUACUGUUGAGGAACCCACUCUUGCAAGGUUGGUUGAAUGGCGGGGAGACGACGAAAACGGCAAGACAGUCCUUGAGGAUGUCUUUCGUGAAGUCAUCGUCAUCUCUGAUGAUGAAGAUAGCGAUGCUGAAGGGGAUUUACCUCCCUCUUUAGAUCGUGACUAUAGUGUCGAGGUUGUUUCAAGCCACCCACGAAUUGAUGAGCUGCAGACAAAUCCGGUGAACUAUGCGAAUCCGGUCCACCAAGAGUCUCAGCUCGAUCUUUCAGAUGAUGAUGCCCCUCCCGGUUUUCGUUUUGUUCCGGGAGUUCCUAGAAACAAAAGGGUUGAUCGUCGCGGUUUUAGCAGGUAUCAAGCUUGGGACCGUGCCAUGAACCGUUACAGGAACAUCGCAAACGGGGCUGGCGCAACUGGCCCCAGGCGGCUGAAUGAUGGCUCUGCCGACCAUUCGGUGUCCCAUUGCGCUGUACGACAGCCCCUCUUGGAAGCUAACCACCUUGAACUGGAAACUGCUCCCCACCGACCUCUCGUCCCUCGCAACAGACAAAACGCGAGGCCUGUCACACCUAACCCGAGACCUAGGAUUAAUGGAACCCACAGCUUAGUUCCUAGUCCCACCUUAGACCGUCGCGUAAGUCCCCAGAGCUCACCGGCAACUCGCAUGAUGCAACUUCAUCCAAUGACAAGCGCUGGAACCGACGACUUGCUGACUUUUCCGGAGCCGUAUGAGCUAUACCCUGUGACCCAACCAUCUCGUCAGACUCUGAUUGCCCGUUUGGCUGGCGGUGGGUCCACGGAUCAUGGCCCAACAUCCCACCAUGAAAGGGGUACUUUCUAUCGAGGCAGCUCGCCCAACGCCCCUGUUUUUGUUAGCGGCCCUAGGGAAAUAGGUGACCAGCCCAGGGAUCGAUUGGGUCCGCUUAGGUCGUCAGGUCACUUACUAAGCCAGCCCAAUCUGAACCCACAGGAUCGAGUAUUGCCUUCUAUCGAGACUCCUCCGCCUACUGAUGGCAGGCGUCCUGAUACUGGCCCCUUAGAUCAUCUAGCCCACAGGAUGUCCGGAGGGUUUUCAAUUCGCUCAGAAACACCGCAUCGCCUACCCCCAAAGAAAAGCCCACUGCAGGCUUAUGAGGACAACACACGAGGUCAAGUCCCUAAGAGAAGACGGGUAGCCUUUUACGAGCCCAGCAAGCCGUAUGGGAUCCACUCGGACGUGAAUCUUCAUGCAGCGGUAGAAUCCGACACAGGAGAACGGCAUAUCCCUCCAGGAUAUCUGCCAGCCGGACAUCUGUCCACUCAGGAUGAACCACAUAUCCGUAGGAGAUAUGUGCCUCCAGCUAAUCCACGUUAUUCUACAAACGCCCAUCCUGAGGCCUUGCAGGAUUCAUUUCUUGAUGUAUCCCGGGCCAAUGCCAAUCCGGGAAUCGUUUUGCAUCCGAGGCGCCCAGAAGGUCUUGAUCGCCACCCGAUCUCUCGUGGUCGUCUGCCUGCGGUUCGCGAGUCCCCCGGACAGCCUUGGGAGCUUGCAGAUAUGGGGCCAGCUUUAGCCGCGGAAAAAAGCCACAAGAGGGUUAUCCCCGUUCGGUCUUUAGGACAAGGAGAAAACCGCAUCUAUAACCCUGGCCAUCCCUAUCAUGCUGACGGCAUCCGGCCAUCUGACGUGCCAAUGUCCCAUCAGCCCAGCUUCCGAACCAGAGCUAACCACUUUGCAUUGCAUGAAGGUCUUCAAAGGAGGCAUUAUGCUGAUGAUUUUGUUCGUACUAUUGAUUUGCAUGACCCUAUUCCAUUGGAAUACGCCCCACAACGCCCUCUUCAGCCCGCCAACCCAGUAGAACUCCCGUCUCCACCUACUCUUGCCCGACUCGAUGAGGAUCAAUACGGACCGCACGUGUCCGGUAGCAUGGCCGCAGGACUAGCCGGUCAAACCCAUUCGGGUCACCUGUUGAAAUCAGGCACUCAUGACUAUGCUGUGGUGGAAGACGGCGGUUCAGGGUAUCAUGGCAGCAGACCCAUUGAACCCCGGACGGCAGCACGUCAUUACGACGGAGGAUAUGAUGGCCCUAUAAAUCAUCGGCAAAACUAUGAGCAAUAUAUUCAGUCUUAUCCCACAUACGCCGGGGGGAAUGAGCGAUCCCAGCCACAUUAUUCAGUGCCCAAGGGCCAAGCGGUUGUCAUUGUGGACUGAGCGUUCGGGAGGUGGGGGAGAUGGUCUUCUGAAUGACACCGUCAUUGCCAGCCAUGGUUAUCUGCCGUCCAGUGUGACGUUGGCUAUAUUGAUGUUGGAUUGCAAAUGCGCGCGUGAGCCACUGUACAUACCAGGAAGUGUGAAGAACAUGAUACCCAUACGUCAGUGGAGACUACAUCCUUGAC